AUGUCUCUCGCGGUCCUCGCAACUCUGCGCUCUCGCCUCUUCGUCCUCCUCACACUUCGCCCGCGCCGCUGGGAAGCGCGCUCGCCCUUGAUCUACCAAUUUCUCGACCGAUUGCGCGUCCGACACGCUCCCGCCAGCUUCACGAAGCGCUUCUCCCCGCUCCCCGCCCGCGUCUCCUCCUCAUCUCGAAACGGCACUCAUGGUCGACAGCGGCCCUUCUGGUGCAGCCGCAUCAGCUUCUGGCGCCCUCACCCCUCCUGCUCAGCCCACCUAACCUUCGCUCCUCCUUCGUCGCGGCAAGCGGUCUUUCCUGAUCGCCCUGCCCUCUUCCUACGCCGACGCACUCGCCGAGACACGUCGACUCUUCCCGAAGCUCGACGCAGAGCGGAUCUGUCUGUGGCGAGAGGUGGAUGGGCUUGGGAUGGCAAGAGCGGUCCUAUCAUCCUCCAGGUCGGAGUGGAGGCGGAUAGCGAUGCAGAGUCGGAAGUCGAGGAGGACAAGCCGCUCAAGCGGAUCAAGCAGGAGGAAGACGCAGAGCCCACUGCCCGUGCUGCGAAGCGCACAAGAGCAGAGGAGCCGGCAUGGACUCUCGAGCUCUCGCUUGACGACGAUGACACGUUGCCGCCAUCACCAACCGUCGUGCUCAUUAUCCGCACUUACGGCAAUGCAGAGCCUGAUAUGCGGAUACGGGCACGCUUGACGACCCUUUUCCGCACCAUUUACAACACAGUCCACAUGGCUCUCGCUCUCGACCGCACAAGACCUUCCCUGCUAAAAUACAAUGGCAAGGACUGUCUUGCGACGGACACUGUUGCGCAUGCGGGCAUCACUGCGGACGGUGGCGAGGUCGAAUUGGUACUGCACGUCGAAGUGGUGGGCGGCAAAUGUCGGAAGGCAAAGUACUGA